CGGGCUCUCCUGUCCCAUACCUUGACUAUACAUCACCCGCUCCUCAUUGUCUACUCUUUAUAUCACUCAUGUUUGCCAUGAUCACGAUAUUGACAUCCGGCUCGAGCAUGAUACGCUGGCUACACACUGAUCGGCAGUGGACUCAAGAACAACUCAAGCCAGGCGGCUACUUUGUCCUGUCUUACUUGUUGUCAAUAGUCUCCCCCAUACUCUUUGUCACAUGGUCCCUACAUUGUUUUAUAUUCGGUAACGAUUUAAUAACAGGCCUUUGUUCCCAGAGCAUGAUCUGCCGUGUAGCCACUGCGUUCUGGUUUAUUACGUACAUCGUCAAUAUUGGAACGAUACUGAUGCAAUCCAUGUGGAAAUAUACGACAUCGCGCUAGAUAUCGUCAGUAAUUUCCACUUUCCACUUUACUCCUUCUUGUCUUACCCGUGGUUUAUCUAUGUUCAAUAUAACCUCCCUGAUAUACCGCACCCACGUGUGCCCAAAAUAUAGACCAGUGUAUGUAUGCAGUCCGUGGCUUUUAGUUAUACCAAUCUUUCGAGAGCGCCUUACGCCGUAUCAAAUCAUAUCAGCGUGAGAGCUUAUGGAAAAGUUCUCGUGUCAAGACUUA